ACAUUAUUUUGAUCACCAAUUGUAUUACAUCUUUGAUAAUGAUAUUCGGUGCAUUGCAAAUUCUUUUUGCAAAAUCAACAACCAUAAGAAUUCAAUUCRUCAUUUUCGUAAUUGGUGCAUCAAUACAACUGUUCAUAUCCUCACGUCCAGCUGAACAUUUAUCAGAAAUGAGUUUAGCUGUUGGUCUAUCGAUUUAUAAUUCUAAUUGGAUUGGAAAAUCUUCAAAGKUAUUAAAAAAUAUGUGCAUAUUGGUCCAAAGAUCCCAAAAACCUAUAAUCAUCAAAGUCAAUGGAUUUUUACCWACGUUAUCCCUUAAAUACUACUCUUCGUUUCUGUCAUCGUCGUUCUCAUACUUUACAACGUUACGUGCUAUAGUCACUUAAAAAAUAAAUUAA